CCCCGCUAUAGACUUUCAGGUAAGCAUCAAAAACUCGAUUCUAUCAUAAUAGUGCGCUCAACUUACAAGAGACUCAUUGCGCACACUGUAGGGCUGCAGAUAAGAUCAAGAUAAUUAAGAUGAUCGACGAAUCUAUACUAACAACCAAUAUGCCAAAAUUCAGUGAAGGAUCAUCUGUUAUGAUUCUACAUGAACGUCAUCCAAGAACAGUUCUCCCCUGGUAUUCUCAAGCUUUACGCCGAGCGAUUGCUACUCUCCUUCAAGCGGAUCAUGGGGACUCAUUAAUAUUAUCCGAGUCAAUGUCACUACUCAGCAGGCGGUUGUUAUCCGCAAUGUACCGCCGUGUCCAAUUCUCGGAAUGCGUCUACACGCAGUCUACUGUUACAAUUCCCCGGCUGAUGAGCUGCAGCUGGCAAGAGGUGUUAGACCUCUCACCGGGCUCUGCUUGGGAUGGCUUGCAACUUUAUAGCCCGGCUACGAGUCAGCAAGGCGACCCAUUGUUGAAGACGCACCAUAAGUCGAUGCAAUGGAUAUCAGCGGAAAGGCACCAAGAGGAAUUUCAAUGGUCGACCACAUCCCAAGAGGAUAUCACAUAUUCGUGGUAUGGUGUCUUCGGGAAGUGGAGUGCACUUGGGCGGCUCUUGCAGGAGGCGCAGAGUGCAUCUGAGCAGCUCUUGCAGGAGAUCGUGGCUCGUUCGGGUGACAUUACUGCGCUGGACUGGGUCGGCCAAUCUUCCGACUUCGAUAGCUACCUGCCAGAGGACAUCACAUCACACAAAGCUCUGCCAUCCAUAUUUUCGUCUUUGUCUGAAGAUGAGAUGCAGAAAUCAGUUGCCUGCCGCAUUCUGAAGUGCAUGUGGAGAGCGGAGCAUUUUCGAGCUAGACACCGACUGAAUUGCGGACGAAAUUGGCAUCGACGACACCACAAUACAAGACGCUGCAAUACAAGACACUGCCCACACACACACAAACCAGAAGCAUGCCAAAUAACACCGUACACCACAGGAAAGAUCACCUGCUGCGGCGGGAGCUCUCCUUGCGUCCACCCCCUUGCGGACGCCCGGUCCGUCAAAUAAAGGGUAGUACAACGGAAAAACCAACGGGGCAGAACUUUUCUUAGUCCGUACCGUGGGCCUCCCCUUUCUUUUCACUUUCUUGAUAUUCCUCAAUUUAUGUGCAAACUAUGAACAAAAUUGCACCUGUGCCAAUAGUAACCAUACCCUUUAGACUUUGUAAAAGAAUGUCACUCUACGUUGCUUAGAACAUAUGUAGAUGCUAUUGCCUAUGAUAUACGAACAUCAUCAUUCAACUGCACA